AGACGAGUCCACGAGCGCCUUGACAUUCGGCCGAUAAACGUUCCGUGGCCAACUACAGACGACCAUUUCACCGUUAUUUUAUACAAUAAUAUUUGCAUAGUUUUUUUUUUCUACGGUCAAAUAUGUAUACUAUUGUUAUCGUUCCGCGUACGUUUCGUUUUCCGUUCUCCGUGUCGUCGUCGCAACAGCCGUUCUAACAGGUAGUUUCCCGAGAGACGGGCGGAUUUUCCAGGCGGACAGUUUUCGCGUCGACCGUCAGCUACACGAGUAAAAGCGUAUUUUCAAGCCCACGAGCCAUGCCGUCAAAUAGUUACACGGUGGUCAGCCAAGGCGACCGAACCAACGGCUUCGACAAAACCAAAGCGCAGGUAUACCGGAAAAAUUAUACCGAAAAAUAUGAUAAUAAUUCAACGUUAAUUUCUACUUCCGGAAACCGACGGGUUUCGCGUUAUAUUUCAUAAUCUCCGACAGGCAUUUCGAAACUCUUUUGAUUAAAACAGUUAACGUCAUUAUAUUAUUAAAUUCGAUUUUCCCGCGACAAGUCGUAUUCAAUUAUAUACGACCAUCGUCAGAAACCCGUUUACCACCAUCGAAAUAACACAAUUAGUUAAUUACCGGGGUUUUAUUUCCCUAUAGAUUUUCUUACCGAAAGUAAACUUUUCUCGUAAUUGCGGAUUAGUUAAACUAUUACGCAUACAUAUAUAUAUAUUAAUAGAUGAUUGAUAGAGAAUUUUUUUUUUAAGAUUCUAAGCGAACCGAGCGAAUUAUUUUCUAUUAAACAGUAUUGGAAUUAGGACUUAUAUUUCUAUGCAUUUACAUAUUUUUAUUGGUUGGUUUAAAAAAAUUUUUUUUAUUUUUUAUCGAAAUGUGUUGAAAUGUUGAAAAUAUAUUUCAUUAUUUCAUAUUUUGUUAUUUUUAUUUCACAUAUCUGCAUGCAUAUGUAAAGAUUUUUAAUGCAUUUCUGUCCUAUUUAUAAUAGUGUUAUUGGUACGUGCAGGUGGUGUUCUUAGAAUUUCGUAAACAGAGGAGUUAUAAUAUUUGAAACUUUAAUAGAACUUAUAAAAUUUAAAAGAUAAAUUUGUCAAAUUAACUACACAGUAUUUUGUAAUUAUUAUUGAACAUAUUUUUAUUUUCUGUAUUUCACUGUAAGGUCAUCAAAUAUUUAAAUUUAAAGGACAGAAAAAUCUAAAUGACAAGAAUUUUUUUUUGUAAGUCAUUGGAAACAUACGAUUAUAAUAUCUCCCUAUUCUCCCCUCUAGCUACAAAAAAAAUUACUGAGUAGGCAUAUUAUGAAGUUAUUAAACCUAAACAAGUAAUUAGUACCUGAAAUCACAUUAUUUUGUUAUUUUUAUUAUUUAUUUAUGUUUACAAUCUUGAAAAAAAUUCGAUAAAAUAUUAUCGUUUUAUUGGAAAAAAAAUAAUUAAUAAUUUUAGUUAUAUUUACAUUGUCAGAUAAAAUAAACGAAAUGUUAUAAUUAAUUUACUAGAAUAUCAUUCGUGUGUAAAUAAUAUGACAUUGAACACUUCAAUGAGUGUAAUAUUGUUGUUGCACUCGUAAGAUCGACAUUAUCGUUAACAUUUGUUUCGAAUAAUAAUAUAAUAUAAUUUUACUGACGUAUCGUCAGACAUCUACUGAGAAUAACGAUUUUUUAAAAAUGUUACCUAUAUAUUAUGUAUAUUGUUUGUUUUUGAAUUACCCUCAGAUUCCCACUAAAACUUUUUAAAAUUAUUUAUAUCAUGAUUUACGAUACCUAUAACUAUGUAUUUUAGCCUCUUUUGGUGUUAACCUGCAGUAUAGGUAGGUACACAAAGAGUUUUCCAAUUAAAAAAACCUGUUUACAAUGUAUACGAGCUCUGUACACCGAAUAAGUUAAAACACGAUUUUAUAAUUUUCAUUAUUUGUGUUUCUCACACGGCUUUUUGAUAAGAAAAUUAUACUUAAUAUUCGGUUAGGUAGCUAUCUGUGUAAUAUGAGGUAGAAUAUAAAACUUGUUGAUUUAAACAAUAUUCUGUUAUAGAUAAACUAUAUUAUAAAGCACCCGUUUACAUUAUGCAUUCAGUUUGAUAAUUGCACCGAAGUAAAGAAGUUCAAUCGAUAUAAUAUUAUACUUUAUCGAGUCAUAAUAUUACAAAAAAAAAAAACCGUAUCUUUCUACGAUACGAUUUUUUUGUUAACAAUUUGUGUUUACGAAUAUUAAGUAACGAUAUUUAUUUGAGUAACAUAACUAAUGAUAUUUAAGAGUUGAAUAAUUGAGAAUUCGAAAUGUGUAAAGUAUCUACUUUAGGUAGAUAUUUUUUGCAGUCUCUUGGUACGGGUAAUCGUGAUUUUUCACGAAAAGUAGAUAUUCGAAUAUAUUGUAUUUAAUUUGAGAAUAAUUAUAAUAUAAAAAAUUAUAAUAUUAUUUUUAUCAUAAACGUGAGCUAGAUAUGUUUCUGAUAAAAGUAAAUUCACGUUUUAUUAUUUUUUCAAUGCAUUUUAGUUACCGAAUUCAAACUAGACAAAAUUUACAAAAUUACUACUUAUAAUGUUAUUUUAAAUGUAAAAAUAUAAAGUAUACUCAAAAGUGUAAAAUUGCGCAAUCAAAAUAUUCUAAACAAUUUUCAUUUUACCGAAAUUUACACUUUACUAAUGUGUAUAAUUAAAUUCGUAAUUGGGAUUGAAAGUUAAAUUUAUACGACGAUUCAUUUGACAGGUAUCUUUGACGAUUUGUUACUUUUUUACGAUUCAUUCCUCCGCCGGCUCUUCCUAACACUGUUCAAUAUUCAGUCGUCGAUUUUUCGUGUUGACAUUUUUCAAAAUCUCUGUUCGCUUUACUACAAUAUUAUGUAACAUUUUAUAACCUAGCACGCAACAAUCAUGAUAACAGGUUUAUUAACGUUUAUUGUGUAUAGACGUUUUCGUUAGCAUCGUCGAUGUCUUUGCCAUUUACUCUAUCUAUUAGAUAUUAUAAUAUAAUGCUAAAUAGUUAAUUCAUUUUAUUUUAAUCCUUUUUGUAAUAUUUUAAUAUUUAUAUUAUAAAAUACAUUAGCAUAUAAUUGAAUAAUAAUAGAUUAGAAUACACAUUUAUGUUUGAUUGUACGUGCGCAAUUUUAUAAUGGUUUACCUUCAAGAAAUUGUAUUCUUAUACUCGUAGGUAUACCUAUUAUAUUAACAUUAUAUUUGACCUCAUUUUAAACCUUUGACAUAGAAAUUAAUUGCUAUCAUUACUAAUUUUGAGUACUUACCUACAUUAAAAUUUACUGUCGUAAAACGAUUAAUUAUUAAUGAUUUGUAUGUAUUGUUUAACUACGAAGUUUUUACUAUUUAUGCAUAUGUAAUAUGUAUGCAUAGAUACAAAUAUAAAUAAACUUGAAGUGUCGGUGAUUAUGUGACAUUUCGAUUUGAUUUUUGUUUGGGGGAUAUUUUGAUCCAUUUUGUGCGUAUUUGGACACGUCGAAAACGUAGAACUUUUGUUAAUACGCCACCAUGGUAAAACGGAUCAAAAUGUCUCACCUGAUCAAAAAGUCUCCAAAACGAAUCAAAUUGUCUUCACCGGAUCAAAAUAUUCCGCUACCGUGUUUGGCUGUCCGGGCUCCGGGCUAAUUUCGAAAAAAGCUAAGUCUAUUUCGACAGGACUUUCACUGCGAGGUAGAAUAUUUUAAAAGGUAUAAUUUAUACUAUGUUUUUUAUUCCGGAAUUCAAUUCCUCAAGAACGGAUUACACUUGAUUUUUGUUUGUUUAAAUGGUUUAUCUUGGUGACACUGAUGGAAGGUGCCAUGCGGGACAGUUUAUAUAUAAAUAUAUUUUCACGAUUAAUCUAAUGUUAUCUCAGCCCUGCCAAAGUCGAGAAAAAAAAACCAAACAAAAAAUUAAUGACAUUAUAUAAAAUCAUAAUUUUCAUCUACUAUACAUCAUUCAUGAGCAGUCCGAGCACAUCAAAUGACAAAGAUUUCCUUUUCCAUGAGUUAAUAUCAUAAAAUAAUAGCUCUUAACUACUGAUUAAAUGUUAUAAUAUAUUAUAAACAACAAUAAUAUUCACAUUUGCCAAAACGUAAACAAAUUAAAGACCAUAACUGAACAAAAGUUUCAAUCCUUACACAUUUUCUAAAAUGAUUAUUUAGAAUUUUUUUUAAAAGUUAUAUAGUAAAGAGACCGUUUAUAAACUGUAUUAUAUUUUUAUCACUAAAUCGUGAUUUCAAUACAUACAAAAAAAAAAAGUAAAAACAAAUUGUUUUUAUUAUUUUUAAAAUUAAAUACAGUUUUAUGCAGUCAUUUUAGAUAACAUAUUUUUCCAAUAUAAUUAAAAAUAACCAUUAUAACAUCCGUAUUUUAAUUAUACAGACGUCAUAAUAAUUGAUACAAUUUGGUACAUACUCUAAAUAUGGAAUUUACCUUCAGUAUAAGGUCAUUACACCCGAUAUGUCACUACACCCGGUGUCAUUUUAGAUGUUAUCUAUACUGUAGUUAAAUUUUAAGUUUCCCACCAAAAAAAAAAAAUAUAUAUAUAUAUAUAUAUACAUAUAUAAACAUAUUAACUGUAGUGCAAGGGUAUACUCUUUUAUUAAAAGAAAAAUAUAUUAAAACUAUAGGAGUUUUACUGACAAAAGUUAUUUCAAGUGCCAUGUCAUUGUGGGGGUGGAACACUCGCUAUAUACCUAUAAUAAAUUAUAAUAUUAAUAAUAAAAUAUAAUAUAAUUUUGUAUAGAAGAUGGAAAUUUUGAUUAAAAUCUUUGAUUCUUAAGAAACAAACAUUCGAAACGUCAUAUUACUACACCGAAAGAAUAAUAUUGCAUAUAAAUAAUUGCGUCAAACGUUUACAAAUAGCCGAUUCUACAAACUGAAAUAGACAACGUGUUUUAGCAAUCAUUUGUUAUUAUCUGAAUUUUUUGAAGUUAUAUACUGUUAUACCUAUAACAUAGUGUUUAGACGCGUCAACAAAAAUAAUUUCUAAAAUUAUGUGUAAUUAUUAAUUUACGAGAUUAGUGUAAAAUUGAAAUUGCAAUAAUAACAUUUUAAAGACUAUACACUAUAUGCGGUGUACUUACAGCAUUAUCACGACCUCAGACUUAUAGCUCAUUAAAUAUAUUAUUAUAACAUAAUAAUAUAAUAUAUUUAUAAUAUUUUACUUUGCUGCGAUGCAUAAUGUAUAAGAGAUGCGAGCGUAUUAAUUAUUAAAUUACGUCUAAGUUUUUGAACUUGUCGAUUUGAAUAGUUAUAUAUUUUGUUCAAAGAUUACUGUAUCUACAUAAUAAUGUACAAGCAAGUUUGAAACAGAGGUCAGGGGGGAAAAAAGUGCCUUUAGCGUUGUAUUUUAAUAUAAAGAAAAUAGUUGGCGCUUUUCUCUGCAAACGUCCAGAUGUUGUGAUAUGCUUUAACGUGAUAUUAUUAUUAUUUUGUUUUUAUAAAUUUAAUUUAAUACAAGUUUACUUUCAAAAACAUAACCGAGCUCCUAUAUUAGUUACCUAUAGUCAAAUUUGUUUUAAGAAAUUCUAUCGGUUAAUAAAAGUAUUUAAAAUAAUAUGAUAAUAAUUUCCAUAAAUCGACGAUUUUCAAAAGGAAAAUAUAUUUGGACCUAUGCUAAACUCUGAAAUUAGUGAAUACGAAUAAAUAAGGAAUGUGUAAUUAAACAAUGUAUCCAACAUAAGGAAUUCUCUAAAAUCGAAACGGUUGGAAUUGACUGGACAUACAUAUGUAUAAUGACCACAUGAUUACAGACCACUGGUAGUGAAACUAUUUUAUCAUUUGAGGAGAGGGUAGCGGUUGGUUUUUGAAAACAUUUUUUAACAAUAUUGUUUUUGAAAAGACUUUGUAAACUUUGUGACUCGAAGUAUUAUUUAUACAAUACAUUUUUGCAAUAAUUAAAUUUUGGACUAAUAUUGGACCUAUAAUUAGUGAUAAAUUCGUCUCGUAUGAUUUUUAACUAAAUAGAAUUGUAGUGAUUUUAAAUACUUUCAUACGUUUCGUCAUAAAUACACGUCUCUAGACCUGCAUAUUUUGAUAAUAAUUCCGUUUUUUUCCUCCACAAAUUUCGACCGUUUUGGAAUCAAGAUAUACUAUUAUAUUCAGAAACUUUUCUUCUAUAUAACAAUUUAUUGACUGAAAUACCAGCUAUCCAAUCGAAGUAAUCGUUAAUUUGAAUUCUGAUACCUGAAAAGUUGACAUGUGAUGUGCAGUAAUGUGUGUAAUAGUGGUUCAGUCAUCUAUUAGAUCGUUGUGUACACGUUUAAUUGUAUAAAACAGUAUUACAUUUUGUCUUAUUUAAUUGAUCAAAUGUAUAUGGUAAUUUUUAAGAUAUUGUAAUAUCUUUUUUUUUAUAUAGUUUUUUAAUAGAACAGGUCAUUGUAAGUAAUGUCAUGCAAUUUAAUAAAUAAAUAAUAUUAACAUUAAAUAUUAUAUUUCGAGAUUUUAAGCACAUUUUUCGAACAUAUUUAGGUUGUUUGAAUAAUUUAUAUUUUGGUAGAAUAAAUGGUACAUUAACACCAUAGCCCUAAUAAUAAUUAUUAUAUUUAAUUUAUUCUCGUGUUAAACAAAAUUUACACAUGCACUGAAUAAAAGUAAGAUAACAAUAAGAUAAGAAAGAUCCUUUUAAUAAUAUAAAUAUUCUUCAAUGAUAAUAAAUGAUAUGGAAAAUUAAACAGUUAACAAAAAUGAUUUAGCGAAAAAUAGAUUUUGAAACAACCUUUUAAUUAGUUAGUUCAUUAGUUUACAUACAUAUUUUAUAGGUAAGUUAUAAAAUACGUAUACUUAUAAUUUAUAAGGAUAGCCGCAUAAUUUACAAAUAUUGACACUAGUUUUUAAGUUUAUUGAAAUAUUAUCAUUAAUAUUUUGUAAUUUAAUUUUAUAUUCUGAAUGGAGCGCGGAAUGAAUUGGUUUUACAGUGACGUUUAUUUAAUUUUUUUUUCUAUGGACAGCUUUUCUACCAGCAACUUUGCUCCGAUUUUCAAUUAGAGCACUUUUUCUGAAAGGAAAUCUAACUGGGGUGGUACUUUAAGAAGGUCAUUUUUUGAUUUUUCGACGAAAUUUCAUAAUAUAUGGGGAAAACCGGGAAAAAACGCAGGGAAAACAAUAAAAAAGCUACAAUUAAACAAAUAUCAUUAUAGAAAAUAUAUAAUGUGUAGCUAUUUUACCAUAAUAUGACAUAUAUAUUGUUGAUAAAGCAACACUAUCAUCCGAACUCCUUUUAGUUCGUUAGCAAUAGUUAAUCGUUGCGUACAGAUAUACAUUGAAUUUCCUUUCGAACUUCCCAACUUUGCACUUAUACAACAGUGGCCAACCUAUGUGCGAAGUAUGUCCGUCUUUUUAAAAUAUUUUAUGCCCGGUACACAACGUCUGAACAAUGUAAAAAUGUUCCUACUUUACUCAAAAAAUUCGGGCAUCGUGCACAGUCUCCCCCGGAUAUUGCAACACAGAUCAAGUUAAUAUAAUACGAAUUGCAAUACGAUGUCCGAUUUCCUACGUUGACCGACAUAUUAUAUACUAUUUUGUUUUCGCAACACUUUUUAAGGUCUUCGCCAAUUAAUUUUUCCAAGCGAAAAGCUUUUGGUCGUUGUUUUCCUUGUUGUUAUUUGAUUGAAUUUAUUUAAUUGAAAUAAUACGUCGACUUUCAUGUAUUGUUUACGUUUAUACAUCACCAUGAACGUCAUGCAUAAAAUAAUAAUAUUGUGUAUAAUUAUAAUACAUAGGAUAGCUAGUACACUAUACGGUAUAAUAUUGUAUGUACGAACAUCGGGAGGUUUAUUUAUUUUAUACAUAUUCAUAUUCGUAUCAAUAUUUAUCUUUAUCGAAAUGAACAUUCCCAUAAUAUAAAUGAACUAUACAAUGAGCGAUGCGUAUGGAAAAUGAAUAAAUUAUGUUUUAGAUUUUGAACGAAACGAGAUGAUGUGUGUGUAAUUUUUAUGUCCGUAAACAACUUUUCUAUUAGAAAUCAUACUCCAAUCGAAAUCGUUGUAGGAACUUAUAACAUUUUUGAUCUAGUUGAUAUAUUGAGAAGGUUUGUAUUAUUUUUCUUGUAAUUUUUUUAAUGAAUGAGAAAUACUAUCAAUCUGUUUACAUAAUUUUGGUUGUUUUUUUGGGUUAUAUCGUUAAAAAGAGAAAAAUUCGACUAUUAAUACUCUGUUCAGAAUUGUUUAUCAUUAGUACUGGUUAAUCAUUGAGUACAGAUAUAAGUUAAAUUAUUUUCCGACUUUUCUCCUGAAACUGUGGAGUACCUAUCAGCAGUAUCGAAAUUGUAUUUUUAUUAAGUUGUCACAAUUAAAUUUGUCGUCUCUGUUUUUCUAACACGGAUAAUGUAGUGAAAAUGUGUUAACAAAAAAAAAGCGUUUAAUAUCGGUUUUAGACAUAAAAGUACCGAUAUAAAGCAAUUUGAAUAUUUAUAUGUACAAUUUGUUGGGGACAAUAUUUGUAUAGACAACAUAAUUCGCGUUUUUGUAAUUAUCAAUUAUAAUUAAAAAGUUCUAUGAACCUUCAUAUUGAGUUGAAUAUUUAAAGAAUUUUAAAAUUCUGACGCGAUUUUUUUCAAAAAUUGUAUGAAUUGUAGUUUUAUCUAUAACACUGACUUUAAAGACCUUUUCGAAAGACACUAUUUCCUUACCCAAACUAUCUUGUGAACAUUAGAAAAUCGUUGAAAAUCAAAAAUUUGAAAAUAGAAAUUUAUUUAUCUCCAUCUGUUUAGGGCAUUUUUAAAAUUAAACACAGGUACCUAGUCGUUUCACCCUUCAAAAAUUAAGGUGAAUACAUUUUAGUAUAACGGGUUAAAUGUGUUUGUUUCAAUUAUUAUAAAAAAUAAAAAUUUGAAAAAGUAAAUACUUUUUUAAAUAUCAAUUGUAGUCACUUAAAAGAACUCCGUAUACUAAAAGUUCUUAAUCGUUCUUCAAAGUAAAAAUGUUUUCAUAUAAUAAAAACACCUAAGAAUUUUUAGCUUCACAAUACACAAAUCUGAUGUAUAACAAGUUAACGGUUGAUCUAUUAUAAUAUUUAUAAAAAUAUAUUUUUAAAAUAAUAUCUAAUAUUCUGUAAUAAUUUCAUAUUAAAAAUUUCAUUGUACCUGGUGUUCCUUUGAAAAUAUAUUUCAGUAAAUACAAAAAAAAUUGAUAUUGCAAAUAAUUAAAUUUAUUUAUAUUUUAUUAUUUUCCUUGGUAUAAUUUAUUUACGAGAAAUUCUGUAGUCAUAUUUGUAUAAACAAUAUUUUGGAUUAUAAUUAUAAUUAUUAUUAAACUCCUAUAUUAGUGCUAAUUGCUAAAUUUCGAUUUAAAUUUAAAAAAACCAAUACAACUCCCUUAUUUCGUAAUUUUCAACCCUAUUGUUGCAUGGAAGUGUGUGUGUUAUCAAGACUAAACUCAACCGACAUAACUUUAUCAUAUCAAUGAAAUAAAAGGAGAAAGGGUGGAGUUAAAAUCAAAUAUUCAAAAUUCCCAAAGUUACGACCAUUAAUCCAUCAAUGAAAACUAUACGACGGCGGCAUUAAAAAUAUUAUGCGGUCGUAGUAGUAAUUUAUUUAAAACAUUGGGACUGACAUAUUAGAGAGGUUAGGAAUUUAGUUAUCGAGGUUCAACCGUACCCGUACCUACACAAUUGAAUUAUUUAAAAGACAUUUAAUAAUGUAAUAAUAUGUAUUUUAACUUUCGAAAAUAGAUUAAAACCCGUAUUUAACAUGUUAAUCGUCGGAUCUGGUAAAUUGACAAUUCGUGAAUGAAAAGCGAACGUAAAGGGUGGUUAAUAAAAAAAAAAAAAAGAGCAAUAAUGCUAUUAUAACGCAAGUCUAUAUAUCGAGAAUAAGAAUAGAAAACUAAACGUUACGUCAAUAUUGAAAACGAAGUUAAACUCAAAAUCGAUUCAAGUGUAAUAAUAUUCGUAGGAGGACACUUAUAGCCAUCAUGUUGCCCACUCAAAAAUGUAAAAGGGUAGAGAAAAUGAAAUAAAAUAAAAUUAACGUACUGUGAUCGUAAGUAAGACAGAAAUUUCUUAUAGAUUUCUAUAGGUAGUCAGAACGAAAAACGUUUAUACGUGCAACCAAAUUGCACGUGCAGAUAGUAAAAAUGUAUUGGAAUAUUUGUAUGCGAAUUUUCCUUUAAAGUAUACAUAAUAUCCGAUGAUAUACAUUUACAGAGUUGUAAUAAACCCUAAAAAACCGGUGAAAUAUUCAAAGAAAUGAUUGUUGCCCCUGAUCAUCUUGUAUAAUGCGAAACGGAAAAAAGGUUACAUUUUUAAAUUUUUCACACAACCCGACCGGCAAUAAUAAUAAUAAUAAUAAUAAUAAAUAUAAUAAAACAGAGUUUUUUGUAAAUCGACGAGUUAAUAAAUCAAUGAUAUACGUACGAUAAUAUCGUAUAUGCAAACAAAAUACAUAUAACUUGCAUACAAUAAACGUAUUUUUUCUGGUAGAAAACGUCGUCCGUGUAUUUAUAAAAUAAUAAAAUCGUGAAAUUGUACGUUUUCCUACGUUUUUUCCCACUUAAGUGCUUUUAUUUAAAAAAUGGCGUCAAAAAUCAAAAAAUGACGUUUCUGAAGUACCAUCAAGAGCUUUCAGAAAAGUUGCCACACGUAAAAAUCGGAGCAAGUUUACUAGGAAAAAAACGUGUCCACGGACUAGAAGAAAGAAACGAAAAAAAAAUAUCAGUAGUAUCUGGAAUUUUAGUAUGGGACCGAUGAAGGUAGUUUUUGUUUUCGUUUUUUUUUUCCACGCUUUUUUCCGUGUAUUAUUUCCGAGACUGUAUCGUUUCUGACGAUUAUGACGAUUCGGUAUCGAGAAGUCACAUCGGGUACACAAGCAAUAUUGUCGAUAACACUUUACCGAUAAGUAGGUACAACGCUACAAGUACACUAUCUAUAUGCGUUUAACGUAUAAUAUUAUUUAUAUAGGUAUAUCGUCUAAGCUAUACCUAACUACUUUAUAAAUAUUUACAUGCAUACAGCGUGUACGAUGGGGGACAGCGCACGUCCGGGGACUGAAUAUACAUAUAUAUAUGUAUAAAUUGUAUAAUAACUGUAUGUAUAUACGCGUACUCUUUUUCGAAUCUCGCGUACGUGAACUUGAACGGCUGAGCAUUAGUAUACGAACGACGCAGUACUCAAAGAGAUCGGGUCUCCCGCGGGAGGUCGAGAAUAUUAUAUAGUCGUGCGAUAUGCUAAUAAUAUUCGCCCUGACUACGACUACGUGUUGUACACCAUCGUAUUGUUGCCUGUAUAUACCUACACGUGUCUCGAGUAAAUAUAGAAUCUGACGCGGUAAAACAUCUCUGAAAAGUCACGCUCUUCGAGAUAAAACGCACGUGCUUUACGAACGUCCGAAACUGCAGAAAUCGACAAUAACAGUACUUUUUGUCCAAAAACAGCGUUGACGUUGUCGUCGUGUCGAUCAAGGUACCUUGACAUUUAAACGGUAUAGUCAUGAGUGACGAUCGGUUCUUUUCUUUAGAUAGAAAUAAGUACCUGUACUUAUAACUUGUAACUUAUAAGCAGUAAGCAAAUACUUGGUCUUAUACAUAUUUCAUUCGUAUAUAAAAUAAGUGAUAAGUAUUACAAAUACGUCGAGUUUCCUUUAAUCAAAGGUAAUAAUUAUUACAGCGUAUUAGUAGCGUAGUUAAGAUUAUCAAUGGAAGAGGGGAAGGUGAAAAAUAAACGCCAGGAAACUGUGAGUGUUUUGACCAUCGUUGCUACACUCUUCGUACAAGAUAUACUGCUCAUUAUGUUUAAGAGGACGCCACAGUAGAUGUUAGUGUGGCGGCCACACUAGCAUCUACUGUCUCCGUCUUACAAACGCGAGACAUAGCAAAUUUACGUAGAGUAGGACACAUUUCGUGCCGUUAAUUUUAAUAUUAAAGCGAAUUAACUUAUUACCAAGAAGAUUAUAAUAUGUACUCUAGAUUUUUUUUUUUUCGAUAUUUUAAAUUUUAAGAAAGAUAUAAUCAUUUUAAAAUUUUAAAAUUUAUUUGACAUACUCAUAGCUUAUUUAAAAAUAAAAAUAUCGAAAAAUCAUCAACGUCAGGGUAUAUAUGAUUUGUUUACCUUUAAGUUUGAUAAUAGGUUAAUACGCUUUAAUAUUAAAACUAACGGAACAAAAUGUGUCCUACUGUACGUAAAUUUACUAUGUCUCGCGUUUGUAAGAUGGAGACAGUAGAUAUCGGUGUCCUCUUAAUCCCCUUUUUUAGGAAGUUGAGAAGAUAUAUAAAUAUUAUAUAUUGGGUAAAUUAAUUUGUAUCUAUACGCAACGGUUACAAAUCAUUACUAACAAAAAACGUUUUUGAGCAAAAUUCAGUUAAUUAUGUUUUAAUAAGCUUAAUGAACUGAAAAUGGUGUUACUUAUUUGUAUCUAACUAUAAAAUAAAUCAUAUUUAUCCGUACUAUUUGGUGUCAAAUUGUUUAGCAUUUGUAUGGAUCCAAAAAAUUUGAAUUUACAUUAAUUGAAAAAUAGUACCCGAAAUGAUGUGAUUUUAUGAUUUUUACCAAGAUUUGAACUUUAUAUAAACUCUGAUUUGAAUUUCGGCUACUGAUAUUUUAUAGUACAUGAUAAAUUUUAUAUUCUCCAAAAGUUUUUAAUACACAAACUUGACAAAAUUUGCUGCAAUAAAGAUUUCUUGUCGAUUUACGAAGAUUUAUUUUUUUAUUAAAUUUAUUAUUAUUGAAGAUUUCUGAUAAAAAAAAUUGUUAACUGAUAGAAAAAAACACAUGACAUUGAAAAACCAAUAAAUUUCGUUCGGAAUCUAAAAUUAUACAUCACAUAUACUAUAAAGACUGUAUAGUAACAUAAAUGUUAAAUAAUUAUGACAAAACUAUUUCGAAAAAUACUGUUAUCGGACUAGGGAGGGACAUCCCAUGGUUCUCUUUUCAGUACGCCACUGUACAUGGAAUGUAUAAAGGAUCAUCUAUAUAACGUCUUAAAAUAAAAGCUUUGUUAAUUAUUCGUGAUUUGUAAGCUGACGUCACAGUGUUAUUUACCAUAUCUAUCUAACGAGACAAGCGCUAUAAAAAUAAUGUGUUUUUGGAGUUCCAAGAGUAUACUCUGACUUUAAAAUGCAUGAAACAAAAACCGUUUUAUCAAAUUAAAAACGAUAUAAUUUGCUAUGUCAUAUCGCUAUUUACCUAUAAUCUAUAUAUAUUACAUAAACAUUAAGAUUAAAAAAAAAAAUUGGUUUCUAAAAUUUAAAGUAAUAUCUAGAACAUCAAAAAAGUUCUUUAUAAAAAUAUAGUAAAUGUUGGGUCCUCAAUUUCACUUCUAACACAGACCUGAACAGAGCAGUGAAUGGGAUUGCAGAAGGGAUUGGCUACAACUACAAGGCUUAGCCUUUAGAAGCUGAUUAUGCAAUAAUUUUUUGUUUGAAAUAUAUUAAAUCAGUAAUUACCAUUGCAACACCGAAAACAAAUUUUUGCUAAACAUAUACUGCCCGUUAGAAAAACAGGGACGCUAAAUGCAACUGUUACGUUCUCUUAAGUUGGCCACGGACGAUCAUGAAAAAAGAGACAAAUUACAAUAAUUUUUAAACAUAUUUUUAAGCUAAUGUUUUUCCUCGCCAUUUGUUUCGAUUCUGUAAAUAUUAUACUAUUAUACUAUUUGCUAUUAUCCAUUUUGUCUUGUGCCAAAAUGAAAACCGACCGAUAUUGUGUUAUCAGAAGAAGACUAGAUACGAUUUGAUUUUUUUUUUUAUCGACAUAAUAAAUCAAGUAUAGACGAUAGAACGCAAUUAAUUUUAAACUAUCUCCUACAUGUUAAUAUAAACAAAAUUUUUUUAAAAUAAUAAUGAACAUUUUUGGAGAAUAUAUUUUAGAUUUUCAUUUAAAGCGUAUAGAAAAUAAUAAGUAUUAAUAUAUUUGACGAAUAGUUUAUAAAAUUAAUGUUAGGUAAUGGGUUAGUACAAAUGUGGUCAGUGAAUUGAAUAGUUUAAGGUCAUGUAAAGUUUAUGUAAAUAAAACAGUUACAUUAAUUUGUCAUUGAAUAAAAUUUAUUAUUAAUUUUUGAUUACAGAUUUAUUCGAAGUACAGAUAACCUAUUUUAGAGUUGUAAUAUUACGGUAAUCAAAUAUCUAAAUGUUAUAGAUUCGAAUAGAUUAUACUAAACUAAUAUAGUGGAAACCUGAGCAAUUAAUAUUUCGCACAAAAUUUCUAAAAAAAAAAUAACAAUUUUUAAUUAGGUUGUGAAUUUUUCAAUUGUCCGUGAUUAUUACGAUUUUGGUAUUCGAGCCAAGUUAAAUAAUAAACUAUAUGGACAUAAAUUAUUGCUGAAAAAGUAUGUCUCAGGUAAAAACUCCUAACCAACUAUAGUAAUACGAAAUGGUGUAUCAAUAUAGUUCUUUGAUAGAUUAUUUUAUAAACGUUCGUAGAAAAUUGUAAUUCUAUUAUUUGCAGUGAUAAUAUUAUCUAAAAAUUGCGAAAAACUGCAAACAACCUGUUUUAGAUUCUAACCGGAGAAAAGAAUGUAUUGGUUUUACAACGAUAUUUAUUUCUGUAUUUUUUUUCUGUGAAUAACUUCUAUACCAGAAAUUUUGCUCCGAUUUCCAAGUGUGGCACUUUUUCCGAAAAGAAAUCUGACUAAGGUGGUACUUAAGGGAGACCAUUUUUCCUGAUGACUUUUCCAGGGGUUUUAAUAAUAAAUGGGAAAACCGUGGAAAAAACAGGAAAAUUUACAAAGUGUAUUAUUUUCAAAUCAUAAAUAUUACGGUCUUUUAAAAUAUGUGUAACCGAACUCCCUCAGAAUCGUUUUCAAUUAGCAGUGAUUGAUUUUUGCAUACAGAUAUAUAUUAAAUGUCUUUUUUACCUUCCCAACUUCUUACCUAAACAGUGGCUCAUCUAUCGUGCGAAGUAUGUUCAUUUGGUUUUUUUUUUUUAAUCAAAAUGUAUAUACCAAUAAUGAUAAUGUAAAACACGAAAAGACUACAUCAGGUCGUGCAAGUUUAACAUGUUUCUUUUUAAAAUCUAAUUUUUCGGUGACGUAAAUCGCGUAGGAACGAAUAUUAUGAUUAAUAAGCUAAUCAAUAAUCACUUACGUAAACUUGAUCUUAUCAGAUUUUUUUUAGUACACAAUUCUAGCUUCAAAACAUAUAUUAUAUCAAUUAUUAAUGUUAUUAUAAUUUAUAAGAUUAUAUUGAUCCGUAAGAGCUAAUAUUGCUUUUGAUAAUAUUAUUGUGUCAUUGAAGUUGGGAACAUUUUUUUUCUUAUCUGAAUAAAUUGACAUUUAUUCAUUUUUUUUCGAUUCUCGGUUGACAUUUUCUCUUAUCUUGUUUUACGAUAUUUUUUUUUAAAUUGUAUUAUCGCUACAAUUUAGCAUCUCGAAAAUUGCAUUAUAAUAUUUCCUUUUUUAUUCUACGGUGGUGUCUACUAGCACGUCGGAGGUCGAAAUAAAUAUUUUUAAACCAAACCUGCGAUAAAUAAUACUAUAUGCAUUAUGCAUGCAUAAUUUAAGUAUUCGUCACUGAGUAUCGUCACUUUCAACGAAAAUAUAUCUAACGUUUGACUCGUAUACAGAAAAAUAUUCUAUAUUUGCGUGGAGCAAUCACAAACACUAUACAAAAACCAAACAUUUCUACUAAAAACGUUAUUUUUCACCGAUUUUUAAGUACUCGUGUUCUAUAUAUGUACCUAUUAAUAUUUUAUAAUAUGCUUUCACUUGUGCAAACAAAAUGUUGAAAACCGAGUAAACAUAUUUCGCCUUAAUCGUAUAUUAUCGCGGAGAGUAAAGAUAGGCGCAGUCGGGUUAAUGUUUUUUAAUCAUUAUUUUCGUUUAAUAUAAUAAUAUGUAUUAUAUGCCUAUUAAUUGUUUCAUCAUUUUGAACAAACCUUCUUUGUUUCAACAAAAAAAAAAAAAAAAACCGCAUAAUUCGUUCAGUAUUGAGUUUAAACGUGUUAUUUUUUAGAUUCUGAUCGGAGCGAGGAAUGAUUUUACAACGAUGUUUUUUUUUUUUUUUUGAAAACUUUUCUACCAGAAAUGGUUAAUAGUUACGUAUCCAUUGAAUUUCCCCUCUUAUCAGCUUUUCACUACAACAGCGGUCCACCCAUUGUGCAAAAUGUGUCCGUGUAUUUUUUUUUGAAAUAAUAAUAUCAAUACUGAUAGUAGUGGGUAUCUACUCGUAUUUUUGAAUCCCGAGAGAGGGAAAUAGUGAGGGUGGGGGAACAAUAAAAUCGAACGGCGCGAUUUUGUUCCGGCUAAAAUAUUAUUAUGUGUAUAAAUUCACGAGCGGCUAACAAUGAAAGUUUUACGGCGUGACCAAAGAUAGAUUAUAAAAUUUGCUUAAUAAUAACAGUAUACGGACAGGAUUUUGCAUUUGUUAUAGAAAUACGAAUGCGUCGAAGAGACCGAGUUGCCAUCGAUCAUGGUGAGCGCAUCCAUCAACCCGGGCCUAUCGAAUUCCACGCUGCACCUGAACAAGUAUAAUAACAAUAUUAUUAUAAUACGUCGCGCUCUUUACAUAAUACUAUAACACAAUAAUAUAGCGUUUCGCCAUGCAAAUUCACCUCUCGUAUUUAUAAUAAUAAACGUCACGGCUGGUUUUCAUUUCUUUUUUUUUUUGUUGUUAUUCAGGACCACCGUCAAAACGAAAUGCAAAAUCGAAAAAGGUACCGACGAAGAGAAAUUCGGACUGUUUCGCGUCGUAAGUCAUACUACACAUUAUUAAAGUUUAAGUGAACGUAUAUAUAGAAAUUGCAUACAUUACAUUAUAUACACCCAAUUUCGACGAUAAUUUAUAGAAAAAAAUGCAUCGUAUUUAUCGCACAAUCGUGGUGUUCCUUUACAAAUGUGGCAUGGAAAAGAAGUUUUCUUCAAAGCGAUUUUAGAGAUGAAACUGCUAUACAAAAAAAUAGACAAUUUUCACCGCGGAAAUAUUGCCUUAGGACAAAUUUUGGUGUUCCUACCUCUUAAAAAAUACCGUUUUGUUUUCGUAUACCGAUGAUUUUCUCGUACCGAACACAUACAGAAAGAAAAAAAAAACAGUCACUACUUCAACUCGAAACGGUUGAAAUGUAUGAGUAUUUAAUAUGUAAUCGUAUAAUGAAAAAACAAACAGAAAAAAUAAAAAAAAAAAAAUCAUCGUCUCGGCGUCUAUAUACAUAACUGGGCAAAUGGGUAAUAAACGUGAAGGGUAUAGGUACUCGAAGUGUUAUCCCGAAAUAUACUUGUCGAGAGGGUCAUAAUAUAUACUCGACAUCAAUCUGUAACGAUACACCGACGAAUAAGGUUGUGCACGUUAAUAACGAUCGCACCUAUAACAAUAAUAAUAUUAAAUCAUAUUAUCUUUUGUGUAAUAUACUAGUAUAAUAUAAUAAGCUUCGUAUUAGGUAAAAAAUGUAACGAAUAUAUAUCUACCGUUGAAAACUGUUUUUAAAAAUCGCUCUCUCUAAAACUUUUACGACUAAAAUGUCAUCUCGUUGUCAAAUUGACGAUAAAAAUACGAGUAGGUAUGCACGUUUGUAACGUUGAACAUCCAUAAGCAAUGGAAUUCCGUCAAAUGAGUCGAAUUUUCUCGCAGCCGAGAGUCACCUAUUAUUGUUGCCGCUACAUUUCAUUUUUUUUUUAAAUUUCAAUUUAUCUAUGGUUGCAAGAGUUUUAUUAAAUUGUUUACAAUUUUUUUUUUGGAUUUUUAAUAGCUACCAUUUUCUCUAAAAUAUAUCAAGGUUCAAAAUAAGUUUCAUUAAAAUAGGUAAAGUAUAAUCGUCGGGAAUUUUACCAACAUUCAUUCCGUAGAUGACAUAGGGCGAGGUUGUUUGAAAGUCAAAUAUUCUAAAGGCAUAAACUCAACAACAAUGAUACAUUACUUACUUACCAGGUAUUUCUUGUGAAAACAUGACAUUUGAGCAUAAAAAUGAUUAGGGAGGAGGUUGAAAGUUAAAACUCCCAAAAGGCACAUCAAUGAUACGCGUGCAAUAUGUAUAUUUGUACAACAUUUUAUUAUCUUGGUUUCAUUGGGUAGGGUAAACUGUAACUUCUACAAAGCUAAAAAAACACACCCAUCUCCAUAUCACGGUGAAAUCUUCAUUGAACUCAGCCAAAAUGUUAUCACUUAAAUCUGGAAAAAAUAUAUUAUAUAACAUAAUACAUUGCAAUAGACUCUAAUUUUGGAGAAAAUUGGAUAAAAAUCCAUUAUUAAUCAUUCUAUUUGUACAAUUAUUAUUUUUUAGAUUCUGAGCGAAGGGGAAAUGAAUUUAUUUUACAAUGCUCUUUAUUUUUUUAUUUAUUCUUUUAUCUGUGAAAAACUUUUUACCGGAAAUCUUGAUUUCGUUUUCAAAUGUAGCAUGUUUUUUGAAACGAAAUUUUAUGUGAGUGCUAUUUUAGAGUGUGAGAAAGAUUACUUUUUGAUUUUCUAAGAAGUUAUUUUCAUAAUAAUUGUGAAAAAUUGGGAAAAUUUACGAAAUGUAUUAUUUUAAAUUUUAUAUUUUUGUUGUAAUUCAGUGAAAAUAUUCUUAGAGACUUCAAAUUUGAACAAACGCUUAUAUUUGCCUUUUCAAUGGGAAACAUUUUAAAAAUAUUUUAGCCAUUUUUGAGCUAUUUAUAGAUAUGUAUACAUAAUUUUUAUUCAAUAGAUACUCUAUGAAUAAAAUUGUUAGACCAAACAGAAAUGCAUGAAUAUUUAGUAGGAAAUUUAUUAUAAUUCAUACUUUCUGGUCAAAAAAAAAGAAAAAACUGAGUAUAAUGUAGGAUUUUUUUUAUAAGAAUUUUAAUAUCAAACUUUUACGAAAAUCGUAAAUAUUACGGCCUUUUAAAACGUGUAUUAUCAAACUCCGGUCAGAAUAAUCUUUUGUUAGCAAUGAUUAAUCGUUACGUACAGACAUACAUUCAAUUCCCCUCUGUAUCCUACCUUUCCAACUUCUCACAUACAUCAGUGGCCCGAUAUACCCAUCGUGCGAAGUGUGUCUGUCUUUUUUUUUUUACGAUAUUGUCAAACGUAAAAUGUAUUAAAACUAGUUUGACUAUAUACAAUGGACAAAAUAUUUAUAUUAAGUCCAAACCUUGACAACGAUGUUCAAAGAGUACACAGUUAAUUAAUACCUAUAAAUAUUCGUUUUGCUCGAGUAUGGUUUAUUAUUAUAAUAACCACGUGUUUUAUUUAUAUUUAUUUCUAAUUUUUAGGUAUACGAAAACGUUUUCGGUAGCCUCAUAAAGUUUAAAAGUUAGAUUGUAUUGUGCGGCGUUUUCAUAUCUACGGGGCCCGUUUUUUCGAUGUCUGCGCAGCUAUACCUACCAUAAUCAAAUCGUUAAAAACUUUCGAAACCCAUUACGAUCGUAAUCUAAAAUUAUACGAAGAACGUUAAACGUAGUUUUUAAUGAAACAAACAACCGAAAAACAAACAGUAUUUAUUAUACUGUUAUAUUGCAUUUUAGCGUUACUGUACAUCUACGUGAAGCUGACACUACAAACAUAGCACAAAUUUACGAAACCUUCUAACAAACCCUACUCGGAGUUGUUAGGAGGCCCAGAUUAACUUAUAGGCGAGGUAGGCACGUGUCUAGGACUGAGCAAUGGCAGGGAGAAUUUUAUUUAUAGUAAUAUGCAAUAGCAUCCCGAAAUCAAGCGUAUUAAAAUGGAUUAGGUAAAAUAAUAGUUUUGAAUUUUAAAAUUUUAAUCACAUAUGAGUUAUGAGAUAAUUGUGUAGCUAAAGUAUUGGUUAUGAUAUUCAUUUAGAAUGUUAAUCUUAGAUAUUUGUACAAUACUCUAUUAAAAAAUGUAUGCCUAGAACUAUGAUUGAGCCUAAUCCGUCCCUGAUUGUUAGUCAUUGUUAGAAUUUGUUAGAAAAAAUUUAAAAAAUUAUUAAUCUUUAAAGAUUUGCAUAGUACUAAUAAGUGCAUGUCCAGCACUACACAAUAUGGGGGGGAAAAAAAAAAUUCUUUGGUAUUUCUAGACAAUGGUUAGAUAAAAGUUUCAGAAAUAUUUCACUUUAUAUAUGUAUAGGUAAAGACUCAGCACUAUAAUAAUAUAUAAAGUAAAAUAUUUCUGAAACUUUUAUUUAACAAAUUCUUACAAUUGUCUAACAAUACCGAACAUAGUCUCAUAGAUGUUGUUUGAUUUUUUUUUUUUAUUUUACAUACAUAUGAGACAUGUACUUUGUACUACAAAUCUUUAAUGUUUAAUAACAUUUUUAAAUUUGUUUGACAAAUUCUAACAAAGUCUAACAGUAUCCGAGUAGAGUUGUUACUGCACUUAUAUAGGUAUACUCGAUUAGUGUAACAACGGUUAAAUAUAUUUUGUAUUACUAUGAUGUACCGAGUAAAAAUUAAUUUAUUCUAUUCGCCGAUUAUUAUUUGGAUUUUUCCGUAUGAAUUUUACUGUUUUACAGUUCCGGUACGCAGACAUUUGGGACAAAAUAUUGAUGAUAGUCGGUAUCGUUAUGUCGUUGGCUACUGGCGCUAGUUUACCCAUCCUGGCGAUGUUCUUCGGUUCCAUGACCAAUACGUUUAUCAGACAAACCGCAGCGGUAUUAUAUUUUACGAUUAUAAUAUGUAUUUCUGUAAGUAAUAUAACUACUCGGAAACAUUUUUUAAAACCAAAAUAUGUAUACUUAUACCGGUUGAUCCAUUUAAUGUGAAUACAUUGAUUAUCUCGGAAAGUACUAACUUUUUUCAGAAUUUGUUUUCUAGAAUAUUUAAGAAACAACUGCUCUACAAUUUAAUGUUAAUGUUAUAUUUUGUCACCUUUAUUUUUGGGGGUAAAAUCACUACCCACUUUUGAUUUUCAAUUGGCACCCUAAAUUAAAAAGUUUAUAAAUAAAUGGACCUUAAUUAAAACAAAUUUUAGCGUUGAAUUUUUUGAUUUCCGUUGAUCCGUUGACGAGAUAUUCCAUUUUUAAGAUUGGAUUGGAGGAGCGUGAUAGUGCAUUAUCAACACGCCGCUCGCCGUACCAACAUACAAAUGGUCCUCCACUACUCUUCUUCAACCAGAACUUAAAAGUGAAAUAUCUCGUUAACGAAUCAACGAAAAUCAAAAGUCUCAACGCUAAAAUUUGUUUUAAUCAAUACUCUAUCUAUUUAUGGACUUUUUAAUAUAGAUUGCACAUGACAAUCAAAAAAAGUUAGUGGUUUCAACCCCAAAAAUAAGAGCAACAAAAAAUAACAUAAACAUAAAAUUCUAGAGCAAUUUAUUUCUUAAAUAUUUUGGAAAACAAAUUUCGGAAAAAUUUAAUACUUUCCGAGGUUAUGAGUUCACCCAUUUAAAUGAAUCACCUGGUAUUGACUGUCAAUUAAGAUUAUUCAUUUAAAAACCGAAUAACUGUACUAAAAUAAAUAACUAUAUAUCUAUUCGACAAUACGAGUUAAAAUACGUUAUUAAUUAUGAUUUUUUUUUUUUUAUUCAAAAUACGAGUAGUUAUAUUAUUAUGUCUAUUGUUUGCGAUUUUACGUAUUUAUAUAUAACAAAAAUAAUCGGAAAUUAUUAAGCCCCCAUACGUAUGUAUAUCUUGCAGCAAAAUCCAGUCAUGAUCUCAAAACCGGCGGUGUACGAAUUACACAACUUGACAUCUAGCGAGUAUGAAAUUGUUUUAUUUUUUAUAUUUAAGAUUUUUUCUUUGGGAAUGUUUAAAUGUAAAUUCUGAUUUUAUUUUUAAUUUCAUAGGUAUGAUAUUAGACAAUAUUUUGUUAUUCUGGUUAAUCCAUAUGUACUAUAAAAUAUUUAAUAUAUUUUUUAAAUAUUUAAAUAUCAUUCAUUUUUUUUUUUAUGUUUACUCAAUUUUAUUUCACAAAACCCUGUAUACUUUUGAAUACACUAAACUCACUCGAAAAGUUUAAUUAAAAACUGUAAUAAAUAGCAAUAAAUUACAGGGUUGUAAUAUUCUAGAUGAAAGCAACAGUCCUGCAGUCUUAUUUAAGUUUAUGUUAUCGGCAUAUUGUUUAUUUCGUAUAAAUUCUAUUUUUUUUUUUUUUUUUUGAAGGAUAUUCACAGAAUCUUCACCGAUUCCGCCACUCACUCCCGACGAAUUUGAUUCAUACAUGACACAGUUUUCGUUGUUCUAUUUGUACAUCGGUAUCGUUGUAUUAUGUGCUGCUUUUGUACAGGUGGGAAACAAAACAAUUCAUUUCGAAUUACUAUAAUGGAAAGUUUGUAUACCUAUAAUAAUAUUGUAGACCUGGUGCUGGGAGAUGGCGUGCGAAAGACAAAUCUACCGACUUCGUAAUGUUUUUUUCACGCAGAUUAUUAGGCAAGACAUAACUUGGUUCGACACCAAUCAAAGCAGCGAUCUAACGACAAAACUGUUCGAGUAUGUUUUCCACGUUGUAUAUAAUCACGCUAUAUACUAAUAAUAUAAUAUAUUUGUCAACGUUCAAUAUUUUAUUGCAAACUGUUAGCGAUCUAGAACGCGUCCGAGAAGGUAUAAGUAGCAAGUUUAGUUUGCUCACUCAGUACAUUUCUACGUUCGUGUCCGGUCUGCUGGUCGGUUUCUAUAUCAGCCCUAAACUAACGGGUCUCUUGCUUUUGGUCGGGCCGAUAAUCAUCGGCAUUACGGCUUUUCUCAGUUUGGUAAGAAGUUGUAUGUUUGCAUAACGUCAUUGAUUUUAUGAAAAUAGAUACGUGCAAAUUAAAAAAUAUUUUACGAAUAAUUCGUUAUAUUUUCCGUUGCAGUACGCGUCCAAAGCCUGUUGUUUGGAACAAAUUAAAUAUUCGAUAGCCGGAUCGAUUGCCGAAGAAGUGUUCACGGCCAUUAGAACGGUAGCUGCGUUCGGAUUGGAAAAACAAGGCAUCUCUAGGUGGGUUAUAGCGAAUGAUAUGAGUGUUUCGCAAUAAUAUCAACGGUUUUUUUCCCCCAGAUAUGUCGCUGCGUUGAAAGAAGGACGUAAUAUCGCGACAAAAAGAUACAGGAUUUUUUCAAUAGGACUCGGCACCGUGUUCAUGUUGAUGUAUAUCGGUUAUGGCGUGGCGUUUUACUACGGCGCCUGUUUGGUUUUAAAGGGAGAAGCUACUCCAGGCACAGUUUUUACAGUAAGUACCGUAAAAAAUAACUAUACAACCCAUUAAACCUGUGGCUCGUGUAUAGGUUUUCUUUAGUGUCAUGGCCGGGGCGUUUUCAAUAGGUAGCGCAUUACCGUAUUUAAAUUCCGUGAGUACGGCUAUCGGGGUGGCGAAAAAUCUGUACGGCAUCAUCGAUAGAGUUCCGAAAAUCGAUUCGUACUCGAAUGCAGGACUGAAACCGAAGACGUUUGUCGGUAAAAUCAAUGUGAAAAACGUUGAUUUCAGAUACCCGUCUAGACCCGAGACCAAAGUGAGUAAAAUAUUAUGUACACCAGCAAUAAAUUCAACCGAUAUUCACCUAACUAAAUAUAUCGCACAUUUCAGGUACUCGAUAAUUUAAAUUUGACGAUCGAACCCGGUCAAACAGUAGCACUAGUAGGUUCGAGUGGCGCCGGAAAAAGCACUAUUGUCGGGUUACUUUUGCGUUUUUACGAUCCAGAAGCUGGAGAAGUGAGUGACACAUUAUUUUCAAUGAUUUACGCCACUGGUCUUUCUUUAACCUACGAAAUGUUCAGAUUUAUUUAGAUUCGACUAAACUGUCCAGUUUAAACGUUCAUUGGCUUCGAGAUCAAAUCGGUAUCGUAUCUCAAGAGCCCAUUCUUUUUGGUGUAUCGAUCGCCGAUAAUAUACGAUACGGGCGCGAAGAUAUCACGAACGAAGAACUUAUCGGAGCUGCUGUCCAAGCUAGCGCCCACGAUUUCAUCAAAGAACUACCAAACGUAAUGAAUUUUUGGCUUUUUACAACCGCAAACAAAAAUUAGAAAUAUUAUUUAUAUUAUAACCUAGUAUAAUUGUCAUAAAAUAAAGUGUCUUUAAUUAUUUAAGGGUUAUAAUACGUAUGUCGGCGAUAGAGGUUGUCAACUUUCUGGGGGGCAAAAGCAACGAAUCGCGAUCGCAAGAGCACUGGUACGAAAUCCUAAAAUCCUCUUGCUGGACGAAGCCACGUCGGCGUUGGAUUCUCAAAACGAGGGAAUCGUUCAAGAAGCGUUGGAUCGAGUGAUGAAAGGGAGAACGACUAUUAUUAUAGCUCAUCGACUUUCAACCAUUAGAAAUGCGGAUGUUAUACACGCCAUGAAGGUACCUAUAUUAAAUUGGAUACAAAUUCUUGAAGAUAAUUUGUUGUUUGGGUUUUUUUUUUUUUUUUAGAACGGUAAAAUAUACGAAUCUGGAACACACGACGAAUUGAUGGAAAAGAAAGGUCUGUAUCAUAAUUUAGUGUUGACGCAAAUCAAAGUGUGUGAUAAUGACCGACACAAAAUAAGCAACCUGUAAGUUAAUUUAUUGAAAGUAUAUGCAAUAUGUAGGUACCCAUAUUACAUUGAAUUAUUAAUUACAUUGAAAUUCAAAUUCAAGACAGGGCGACGGCGCUAAUUCUGUAAACGAUAAUGAAAUAUUUGACGUUUCAUCGUUGUGUGAAGACGACGGCGAACUGGAAGAACACGUAAGAACAUAUUAUUAAGUAUAGAAUUAUUAUCACAUGAUAUAAACUUGUUUAUAAAGCUUUUAAUCAUUCCACCACGUAUAUUUCAAUCAUUAUAUCAGUCGUACUAAUCAAUCAUACCAUUGUAAAAACUGUAAUAACGGAUAAUCAUUCAUUAAUUUAUAUUAUACAUUUUUUAAAGACUAAAUGUUCCGAGGAAUUACAAAAGCUUACUAAAACUAGAAAAACGAGCGUACCGAAACUUCAUAAUAAUUACACGGUAAACAUAUACACGGGCCAUUAUUACAUCACUUUACGUAAUGCCAUUAAACAUCAUACGGCUGUUUUCAAAAUGCAAUGCACAUGUAUAUGUAGACGCAUUGGUAUAGAUUGACAUUUUUUUUUUAGAAAAAAAGUUCAAAGUACUGCAUGUGGAAACUCAUGAAAGUUAAUUCACCGGAAUGGAUCCAUUUAUUACUCGGCUGUAUCGGUUGUAUAGUGAACGGCGGAUUGGUUCCGAUUUACGCGUAUUUCUACGGACAAGUGUUUGAGGUAGGAUAUAUCGAAACUAAAUAUAAAAAAAAGCAAUAUAUAAUAAUUAUUACUUCGUCUUACUUAGUCUUUGACGCUCCAAGGCGAAGCGUUAGAACGGGAAGCACGGUUUUGGUCGUUCAUGUUCGUUUUGCUGGGAAUAGCGUCCGGUUUGGCCAUAGUGUGUCAGGUAUGUAUAAGAAUACACGGUUGACAGCUUCAUUUAGUAUUUUUAACGGACGAGCAUAAAAUUAUCGUGGUUGUAGACGUGGUUCCUGACGUAUGCCUCUGAAAAGCUGAUGAUGCGCCUGCGGGCGAUGGCCUUCACCAACAUACUCAGACAGGCGGUCGGAUGGUUCGACAACAAAGACUCGAGCCCGGGAUGUCUGACAACAAAAUUGGCCAGAGACGCGCCUGUAGUGAAAGCGGUCAGUACCUAUAUUUUUCGCUUUUAUAACCAGAAUUUGAUGUCUUACAGAAACUUGAAGCCUAAUCUACUCUAAAUCUAGCAGAGUGUUAUGGGAAUGAAUGACCGUGAUUCUACUAAGCGCUACAACAAUAUUAAAAGUGUUUAUAUUUUUACUUAUUUCGAAAGUUUUUCUAAAAAUAUGCAUUCAACUUGCAGUUAAUUUUUUUUACUUUGCGACAGGUGGUUCAGCCACCGAAAAUUUGUUUUUCUCGGUGUUAUCACUUGCUAUCAUCGAUGACUCUAAUUUUUUUUUUUUAGUGGAACAACGAUUUUAAUAUUAUCUUUUGUUGCAAGUUUUAAUAUUUUUAAUGUAUCUGCUUACAACGGGGGUUUUCAUUUGUUUAAGCAUUUAUUUCAAAGAUUUUAAGUACUGAAUUCCUGAAUUCUGAUUACGAUUACAGUUGAUCAUUUUCGUAUCGUAUUUAGGCCGGGGGAAUGCGUGCAGGUCAAGUGAUGUCGGCUGUCGUUACUCUCACCACGGCAGUGAUCAUUGCGUUUAUUUACGGAUGGAAAUUGGCCAUUGUAUUGGCACUUGCUGUACCUCUGAUUAUCGGUGCCGGAUACCAACAACAAAUGGGUCUUAGAAAAAACCAGCGGAGGGACGCAAAAUUCAUGGAUGAAGCGGGCAGGGUAUAAGAUCAUCAUAAACAACUAUAUAAAAAUAUACGUGAACAACGUGCAUUGCGUAUGAUAUUUAAAAAAAAUUAUAAUUUCAGAUAGCAACCGAAAGUGUACAGAACGUGCGCACGGUACAGUCCCUGGGAAAAGAGAAUAAAUUUAGCGAUCUUUAUCGAAAAAGCCUAAAAAUUCCAAACAAGUAAAUAAUUAUUAACAACAACUCGCGCGCGAGCGCGUUUGGAGGGUUUAAAUUAAAUUAAAUUUUCUAAUAGAGAAGCGAAAAAACAAGUUUACAUGUACGCGGCGUUAUUUGCUCUGUCACAAUCCAUCACGUACGUACUUUAUUCGGUUGCUUUUAAGUACGGAUCUUAUUUGGUACUUCAAGGAGAAAUGACCCCUUCCGCGGUUUACAGGUUCGUUUGACAAAACAACAUUUAUUUUUGUCGUGCAAACAAUUUAAUUAAACUUUUAUUUGUAGAGUUUUUUUCGCGUUGUCCUUCUCCGCCCACUCCGUUGGUCACACAAUGGCUUUUCUUCAAGACUAUGCUAAAGCAAAACAUUCCGCCUCUCUCAUAUUUCAACUAAUUGAAAAACCGACGGAAAUCGACAGCCAAUCGAAGGAAGGAGACAAGCCUGUAUCUAUACUAUUCGUUUAUUUGUUGUUGUUUUUUUCGCUUCUAAACACGAAGUAGUUAAUUUGGUCGUUAAUGGUAUUUACAGGAGAUAACGGGUAAAAUAACGUUUAAAGGCGUCCAUUUUUCGUAUCCCACGAGAAAGUCAAAUAAAAUUUUGAACAACAUGAAUUUCACCGUCGAACCGGGAAAAACAUUGGCAUUAGUCGGGGAAUCCGGUUGUGGAAAGAGCACAGUUAUCUCACUUAUCGAGCGAUUUUAUAAUCCUAUUUGCGGAUUGAUUGUAAGUGUUCUUUAUUAUGUGAUCAAUUUCAAACAACAAAUAUAAUGAUUCGGUUAGAAUAAAAAAAAAAAAAAAAUUGUAUUUUUAGGAAGUAGACGAUUGCGAUAUUCAGAGUAUAAAUAUUAACCAUUUACGCAAAAACAUCGGUUUAGUCACCCAAGAACCCGUUUUAUUCGACUGUUCAAUCAAAGAAAAUAUCAGUUACGGUGUAAAUGAUAAAAACGACGUGCCGUUCGAUGCGAUCGUUGAAGCUGCCAAAAAAGCCAAUGCGCAUACGUUUAUAAUGAGUUUACCAAAAGUAUAUAAUCAAACAAACUUUUCCGAUAUGAGUAUUAAUAUGAUGAAACAUAACUGUAAAUCGAUUAUUUAGGGAUACGACACGCCAGCCGGCGAUAGAGGUACGCAGCUUUCCGGUGGUCAAAAACAAAGAAUCGCCAUAGCCAGAGCGUUAAUAAGAAAUCCUAAAAUACUUUUAUUGGACGAAGCCACAUCGGCAUUAGACACUGAAAGCGAACAAGUAAGAUACCCGUAAUACACGAACAAUGUUUUGAAUUCACUAAAAGGUUAAAAUAUUCAUAUUUCAAAUAAAUAAAUCAAUUCAGCAAAAACUUAGGAAAAAAUAAAAACAAAUUAUCAAAGUACACUCAGCGAGCGUGCUAGGUUCCCGGUUUCUAAAUAUAUUUCAAGCGAUAGAUUGUAAUUCCGUAGACAAUUUUGAAAGAAUUUGGUAACCUAUAUCAGAUAUUAUAAUAUAGUAUUUUUACUCGUACAUGUAUAGAAACAUUAAAAAAUCAAAUAUUUAGAAACUAAAUAUUUGAAAUUUUUAAAAUUCUCAAAGUACGUAGGCAUACUAUUAUUUUGGUGCUGCCUAUUUUUAGAUUUGGAGUGUAGCAUACCUUUUCUGAAAGGUAAUUUUAUUUAGCUGGUACAUUGGAGAGUUUAUUUAUUGAUUUUCUAAAGGGUUUUCAAAACAAUUAGGAGAAAACCCGAAAGAAAAUUUUAAGUGAAACGGCAAAUAUUUUUGAAAUUUUUGUAGAAAACAAAAAAAAAAUUGCUCCGAUAGAAAAACGACGAGAAACCUUUUUGUUGAAUUUUUAAUCUAGUUGGUAACCAAGAAAGUCGUUUUUUGAUUUUCUUUGUAUUUUUUUUUAAUAAUUGAAAAAAUACAGAAAAAGAACGUUUUUUCUUCAUAUUUUUAUCCCGUAUAUUUUAGACCUACAAAUACAUAUUUUGCGUUUCUCGUUUACAACAUUUAUAACCGGGCAAUUUGUUAACAAGUAAAUAACUAAGUAGAAUGAAGUUUCAUAAUAUUGAUUUUAGAUCGUACAAGAAGCAUUAGACGAAGCUAGAAAAGGUAGAACGUGUAUAACGAUCGCUCAUCGUUUGUCUACCGUCCAAUCGGCUGAUGUCAUAGCUGUUGUUUGUCGGGGACAAAUUAUUGAACUCGGUACUCACGAAGAGUUGCACGAAUUACAAGGAUGUUAUUACAAGUUGGUAAAAAGACAACAGAUGUAACAGUCGACCGACAAUGAAUCUUAAAAAUUAUGUAAACAUACAAGACUAUUAAAUUAAAAUAUACGUUUCUAUUAUUUAAAUA